AGGCGAAAAUCCCAUCAUGAACAACUCCUGUGGAGAUAGCGUGGCCCAGCCCCCCUUCACACACCAAUAUGCGUGCGCAUUUUCAAGCAAACUCAACAGCACUAGCCAGGCCACUGCACAGCAAUGCUGUGGAUUGACAACCACAUUGAACCAAUACUUGGAUGGAUGCUGGCAGUAUUGCGAGAUUACCGGGAAUAAUCAUUCUGCAGUCGUGUCGUGUAUGAAUGACGCUGAUAUUAUAGCGGCAGAGUAUGAAAGGACCGAUGCAUCCGGUGCAAGUGUCAUCUCCAAGCCUGGGUUGUUGGGUCUGGCAACUCUGGUUGUUACGGGGUUGGUUGCUGGGACUUGGUGAUGACUGUUUGUUAUAUCUUCUGUAUGAUACUCCUUACAAGCUGGGUAUGCUAAUGAAUCAAUAUCCUACUGUAAUGGGGCACAUACUUUCCUUGGAUACUGGUUUCUGGUUUUAUUAUAGUCCUUUCACUAUGAGCC